AUGUCACACAAGGAAGAUGUCAGAAAAGAAGAACUUGAGACACUUCUGGCAAUCUAUGAGGACAUUGUAUCUCUAAAUUUUACAUCUUUUGAGGGAGUAGCGACUCUACCGAUAAGCUUUGAUGAUGAGAUUCCAAUUCGGCUCCAAAUCGCAGGUGGCAACACAUACCGGAGCACCAAUAUAAAAUACCUUCCUGCUAUGCAAUUCAACUUUUCGCUUCCGGAGGGAUAUCCAUAUGAAGAGCCUCCUGAUAUCCUAUUAAACUGCACUGUGAUUCUGGAAAAAAAUCUAUCUGAGUUGAAGGCUACGCUACGGCAAUUAUGGCUCGAUAUAAAAGACCAGGUGCUAUUUGCAAUGAUUGAACACUUGAAAGAGACAGUUUGUUGGAAUCCUAAAGAGUUAGUCGGAUCAAGAAUAGAUUGUGGAGAAAACGGUAUACUAUAUGACAAGCUCAUUGAAUACGAUGCAGAAGAGAAACAAAAGUGCUUUGACCAAACAACCUUUACGUGCGAGAUAUGCCAAAGCGAUUUAAAAGGAGAAUACUGCCUGAAGUUUUCGCCUUGUAACCACAUUUUCUGUAACGAGUGUCUUCGCAACUUUUUCAUAUCACUAAUUGAUAGUGGUAAUGUUGAAAAAGUUCAUUGUCCUGAUUUCGAUUGCACAAAGCGCAUAUUGGACGUUAGGGAGAAGUACCUUCGCUUAGACAAUAUUGCCAGUGAAAAAUUCAACUUUGAUGAAUUCAAGAUGCAAAUCAUGACUCCACCCAUUGAUGCAUCUUUACUUCAACGCGUACUAAGUGGCAGCGAAGGGUUAGAACUAUAUCAGAGAUAUUUGAGGUUGUUCACCGAUCAUCAGCACGUUCUCAUUGCAAAGAUGUUCCCCACGAGGUUAGUAUCUUGUCCGAGAGAAAAGUGCCCUGCAAUGAUCUUCCGUGAGAACAUGACCAACAGACUCGUUAUAUGCCGCCAGUGCCAGUAUGCCUUUUGCAAUACAUGCCGAAAGUCUUAUCAUAGUAAUGCUAUUGACUGCGCUAAAAAGAACAAAGAUAGACAAUACUAUGGCAUUCCUUUAGAAGCUUUGGAGACGUGGCUCAAUUCAGAAAGCCAGUCCCGUGAACGCAGUGAGUUGAAGUACAAGUAUGGGCAUGAUCUAAUGAAAAAAGUCUCCGACGAGUAUUUGAUGGAUAAGUUAUUCAAUGAGUUGUUAGCUGAUGACUCACAAGAUUUUAGCAAGUGCCCAACAUGUGAUCUAAUAAUACAAAGACUGGAUGGUUGCAAUAAGAUGAAGUGUUCGUCAUGUUACACUUUUUUUUGCAAUCUUUGUGGUAUAUACUUGGAUCAUGAUCAUCCUUAUGACCAUUUCAAUGACCCUAACAGUCCGUGCUAUGGUAGAUUGUUUCACGGAAUGUCUGGAACCGAGGAAAUGGUUGAAGUCCCAGGAUAG